UCGGGCCGCUCACCAUGCGCCGAUGUGUCCGAAGACCUUUAUUCAUUAAAUAAAGUGAAAAAUUGAUCAGCGAAAUUUAAUCGUUUCGAACAGAAUACAUAGUUAAUUAUUUCGCACGAACUGACGUCGUUUUGAUUUUCACAAUUUUAGCUUUUCGUUCGUCGUUUCUUUUCACUUUAUUUGAAUCACUUGGAAAUUGAUAUUGAAAAUUCGAAAAUUUGAUUGAUAUAAUUAUUCCCAUCAUGCAGAUAUGAAUGACAUGGCAUUGACCGAUCGGAUCGACGUUAAUUAAUCGAUUUCGAUGAAUAAAAAAUAAAUUUUACCAAGGAAUUGAAAAGUUAUUUAAUUUUUUGUCGAUCGUUUUUGCUUUUGAUUUGAUUUUUUUUUUUUUUUAUUGAAAUCGAAAAUCGAGGUAUAUUCGAAGAUAUGACGGAGAGUAUGAAAAAUCGAAAAAAUAUAUGAUCGAUAAAGAAAAAUAUAUAUAUGGAAUAAUCGUAUGUACAUAUUUUACGAAAAGUGAUCCGCAGUUGACAAUAUGAAGGAUAUUUUUUCAAUCGUUUAUUACUGCAAUCGAUUUCAAAAAAAAAACUGCUGCUGUUGCUGCCGUUCUUAUCACUCAUGUAAGAGAUUAAAAACUGAAAGUUACUUCGAAAGUUGGGAAAUGUUUAAAAUAUAAUCAUUGUACCCGUUAAACGAAUUCCCUAAUCAUGAGCGAGGUGAUUCGGUAAUCGAUAGAAUUGAGCUGGUAAACAUACGUACGUAAGAGAAAAAAGAAAAAUAUAUACAUCUGUUAUUAUUCGUCGAUAUUGAAGUGUAUCAGCCGAUGGUCGUCCGAGGUAUACGGAAUACAUUGUGAAUUGAUAUAUAAAUAAUUGUUCGUCAUUCGGGGUAAUAAACCAGUGACCUUCGGGGGUGCUCACCUAACGAAACCCCCCGUGAAAGAAAAUAAUCAAAAAAAAUUCAAGCGAAUAAAUAAAACGUGUAAAACUCAAAAGUGUCAUUGCAGUGUGAAGUGUGAUUUAUAUGUGUAAAAAUGUUGUUUCACUUAUUCUUCGUUCUUCUACUGACAUUUCAAACUCACGCCAUACAAGGUUACGGAGGACGGUCGUCGGGAGCCGAGUUCACCACGAGUUUUGGUUAUUCGGGAGCGGGAACGAACAACCAGAACAACGUCAGUGGCUGGCCGUAUUUCGUGGAGCACAAUAUAUCUCGUAACGUAACGGCAGCGGUCGGUCAGACCGCAUUUCUUCACUGCAGAGUAGAGCAGCUGGGCGACAAGGCGGUGUCUUGGAUAAGGAAGAGGGACCUCCACAUCCUCACGGCGGGUAUACUGACUUACACUUCGGAUCAGAGGUUUCAGGUGAUUCGACCCGACAAGUCCGAGAACUGGACCCUACAGAUAAAAUUCCCUCAGGAGAGGGACUCGGGCAUAUACGAGUGCCAGGUGAACACGGAACCAAAAAUGUCCCUCAGCUACAACCUCAACGUUGUCGAAGCGAGAGCUCGUAUAUUCGGCCCAGCUGAUAUUUACGUGAAGACGGGAAGCGUUUUGACGCUGACGUGUCUCAUGUCGCAAGGACCUCAUGACCUUGGUACCGUGGCGUGGUACCACGGCAGUCAUCCGGUACUGGCGUCACCUCCUGGCUCGAACGACGUCGCCCUCGAACCAAGGGUCGCCGUGGACACCGAAUGGAGCGACGCGCUAACGUCAAGAUUGAAAAUAACGCACGCCAAACCUAGCGACUCUGGAAAUUACAGCUGCGUACCAACGGUGGCCGACAGCGCGAGCGUGAACGUCCACGUAAUCAACGGGGAACAUCCGGCGGCGAUGCAACACGGAAAUACCGCAGCCGGGUCACCGACGUCACGUAUAAUCCUUGUGGCGGUCGCCUUUCUCUUAGGGCAACUCAGAUAAUGUGUAUAUAGAAUCGAACUAACAUUAUAUAUUACAAUAUAAUUUACCGCGGGGGUUGGAAACGAAGAGAAAAAAAAUAUUGAAUAAAUAAUAGUAAUAUUAACGAUAAGUAUAACGAUAUCUGAUAAUUUGCGGAUGAUUAACGAAAAAAUAAAAUCAAAAAAGCACCCGAGAAUUACGAAACCAGAGGUGAUGGAAGGAGAGAAAGAAAAAAAAAAAAUAUCCAUCAGUGAAAGAAUAAAUUUACGUGGCGAAUGAGAGGAAUUUAUACAAAUUAAAUAUCGGUAACAAUAUCGAAGAAUAAAUAGAAUAUGAUAAAUUGAAUAAAUAUCAAAGAGGAUGAGUCGAAGAUUGGAGAGAAAAAAAGAGCUGAAAUAAUUGCAUCUCUUUUUCCCGCGAUGGAAAAAUAAACGAAUCACAGACAUACGUGCAUAAAAAUGAAAAAAGAACAUUUCGUUUGAGAAUAUCUGACUUUUGAGUAGUUAUUUUUUUUUUCUGUUUUUUGACCAGUCAAUUUUUUCAUCAAUUUAUGCGCGUGCAGCGGUUUUCAAAAUUCGAAUUUCACAAAAGUGAAACGUUCGGAAGAAUUUUUUUCGCCCGAGUGAUUGACGAAAGAACAUUUUUGCUAAGAAAAUUGGAGAAAAAUUGUAAUAAAAAAAAAGGUAACCAAAAAAAUUCUAAUCAUACUAAUUGUGAAAAACUGUGAAGUUCGUAUUCCAUAAUCACCUGUGCAAUAAACUGCACAUAACCGUGAAUAAUUGUAGCAAAAAAAAAAUAAUAAAAUCAAAUAACCAAAUAAAUAAA